CUGGGAAAAUGCAAGGGAUAUUCAAGAAAGCCUCAAAAAUAUUUCAGCAAACCUGUGUUCUCCUAUGGAAAAAUACUCUUCUGGUGUGGAGGAUGAAGACAGAAACUUUUCAGGAAUGGAUUACAUCAAUGGUUUUUCUCUUAAUAAUACAAACAUCAUCAAAUAUGAUAAUUCACCACCCGCGGCAAGAAAUCCCUUACGACUUCCUGGGACGGUUGGAUGAUCCAGCCUUUAACGCGACAGGAGUUACACUCAUCUACACACCUGUCACAAACACCACCAGGCGAAUAAUGAGCAAAGUGGCUUCGGAUUCUGCAAUGACGGGUACAAUAAUAGAAGAGGUGGAGAAUGAGGAAAAAAUGGAAACAAGAGGAUUUUUUGAGGAAGAGAUUAUUGGUGUUGUUUUUGAGGAUGACUUCUCCUACCGUCUCAGAUUUCAGAGCUACCGUGUGGUGUCUCCAAAUGAUGCCUUUGAACACAUCGAUACCUGCCCUGAUUUUGUAUCAGGUAACUGCAAAGUCCCUCUGUACUGGUACGCAGGUUUCCUAUCAGUGCAGUCCAGCAUCGAUGCAGCAGUCAUAGAAAUAAAAACAAACCAUUCUGUCUGGGAAGAGAUGAAGUCGAUCAGCGGCGUUCGUCUGAAAUCACCCUUGAUCAAACCUGUGUAUAAACUGGUUUAUUCUUGGUUCAUUGUUUACAUUGUAUUGUGUUUCUGCCCAAAUAUGUACUUUUUAUCCGUGAAAGUCACAAGAGAGAAAAAGAAGCUCAAGGUAUUAAUGAGAGCAAUGGGUUUGCAAGAUAUUGCCUUCUGGUUGUCCUGGAGCUUGCUGUACGCCGUUUACGUUGCAAUAAUGGCAAGUCUGCUGACCCUGAUCACGGUUAAAGAAGUCAUCCAUGACUACAACUUUUUUGAAAUGUAUUUCUUUUAUUUCUUUUAUGGCAUAGCAUCAAUCCACUUCUGUUUCAUGCUCAACUCAUUGCUAAAGCAAUCAAAUAUUGCCAGUUUCGUGGGAUUUGUCCUUCACAUCAUCUUCGGGUUGCUGGGUUUUUUUACAUUGUUCGAGAAACUACCACUAUCUCUGGAAUGGAUUUUUAAUCUCUUCAGUCCGUUUGCCUUUACAGCUGGCAUCUCACAGAUGGUAAAUUUAGCAAAACAUGGACCAGCCUUUACACCAGAAUUGUACCCUUUCUUUAACCUAUACCUCAUACUGAACUUUGACAGUGUCUUGUAUUUGCUGUUGACCAUCUACUUUGAUAAGGUUUUGCCUGGCAAAUACGGAGCACCAUACCCCCCUUUGUUCUUCCUGAGACCGUCAUACUGGUUCAAGCCCAGGAGUGAGUAUGUGGGGGUGCGAUCCAGCUGUGAGAGCAGUCAUGAUCCCAUUCUCAGCAAUAACACUGAGCCAAUGCCUCCGGGCUUCGAUGGGAAGGAAGCAAUCAGACUAAACAACAUUAAAAAAAUAUACAAGAAGAAGGACAAGAGCACCGAAGCCUUAAGGGGUUUGUCCUUAAAUAUAUAUGAAGGACAGAUUACUGCAUUACUCGGUCACAGUGGAUCUGGAAAAACCACUCUCUUACAUGUGCUCAGUGGAUUCUCCAAGCCUUCAGCAGGUUCUGCAAUGAUAUACAACUACAAAGUGUCUGAAGUACAGGAUAUGGAAGGAAUUCAGGCAAUGGUUGGGAUUUGCCCCCAGUUUAAUUUGCAUUUUGAAGCCUUAACGGUGAAGGAAAACCUGAGAACUUUUGCUCACAUCAAGGGGAUUCAGCGGAAGGAAGUAGAGCAAGAGGUGCAGAAAGUCCUCGUGAUGUUGGACCUCACUGACCUUCAGGAUGUCCGUGCCAACACCCUGAGUGGGGGACAACAAAGAAAACUGUCUCUUGGAAUCGCAAUUUUAGGGAAUCCCCAGGUGUUGCUUUUAGACGAGCCAACGGCUGGGUUGGAUCCCUGCUCCAGGCACCACGUGUGGAGCCUUCUGAAGGAACGCCAGGCUGGACGCAAAUAUCUAUCGAGUUCAGAAGGAGCAGUGAGGUCAGUCUACUGCACUGUUGUAAAUCCCCCCUAAAUCCUUUGUAUUCGUACCUCCUUAGAUCGGAAAGCUUUUCUCUCAAAUGGGAGAUUACAGUGUGUUGGCUCAUCUCUGUACUUGAAGAGAAAGUGGGGAAUUGGCUAUCACUUAAGGAUGCGCAUAAAUGACCUGUGCGACCCUGAGCUUACAUCAUCCUUGGUCAGGCAGUACAUCCCUGAUGCCGUGCUCAAAGGACAGAAGGGGGGUGAGCUGUGUUAUACGCUACCUCUGGGAAACACUGAUAGCUUCCCAGAUCUGUUCAGCCACCUCGAGAGCAGUCUUCUGCAGGGGGUUGUUCAUUAUGAGGUUAGCAGGACAACCCUGGAAGAUGUUUUCCUGAAGCUGGAGGGCGAGGAAGCCGUCGAUAAUGAUGUUUCUCGUGGAGACCUUGAAGAGAAGGACGAAAGCCUCCUGGUGUUUUCCGAACAGGGGAGCGCGGCGAUGAGUGGGAUGGCACUCUGGAGGCAGCAAGUGUGUGCCAUGAUGAGGGUUCGCUUCUUAAAACUAAAGCAUGAAGGAAAGUUUCUCAGGCCCAUAUUACUAUUCUUUGGAAUGUUUAUCCUUCCGAUGCUUAUGCUUUUCAUUGGAUUUCAACUGUGGGACAGCUCCAGCAACUGGGAAAUGACAGCUAGCUCCUAUUUUCUUCCCACUGAAGAGAAAAUUCAAAAUAAGGCAACAAAUCUUCUCAUCUUCAAUGAUACAGGAUCAGAAAUUGAGGAUUUCAUUGCUGCUUUGAAGACUCAAAACAUAAUGCCAGAAAUGACUCUUGAGAAAAACAUUACAAGCAUUCCACUACAUAACGGAGCCAUAAAAAUAUCCCUGGAAGACCAGAGCUACCGAUUCACGGUCAUGUGCAGCGCAGAACCCAUCAACUGCUUCCCCGUGCUCAUGAAUAUCCUCAGCAACACCUUCCUAAGGCUCUUCAACUCCACUGCACAUAUCCGCGUCUGGAGUAAGCCCUUUUAUAGCACACAAAGCCUGGAAGUAAAGAGCAAUAUUUUUUUCAUCUGCCUCAGCUACAUGCUGGUUUUGGCCGCUGGUUUGCCUCCUUACUUCGCGAUGAGCAGCAGGGAGGAUUACAAGCUCCAGGCUCGUGCCCAGCUGCGGCUCGCGGGGCUCUUCCCCUCGGCAUACUGGUGCGGGCAGGCGCUGGUGGACGUCCCACUUUUCUGGACCCUGGUGUGCCUCAUGUUCGGGGUCACGGUACUCUUCAACCGCGUCUGCCCCUUGCAGGCCAGCACCGUGCUGCCCCUGAUCAUCUGCGUCACUGGUUAUGGAGUGUCUCUUGUCCUCCUCGUCUAUUUAAUUGCCUUCACGCUUCGCACGGGGCGAAGCAAUCGUUACAUUUGGUCUUUCAUCUUCAUUCUGGUAAAUUUCACUUUCUACAUGUUCAGUGACCUACACAAAGCAUUUUACUUCACCUUCUCUAUUUUGAUUCCUGUGUUUCCACUGCUGGGCUGGUGGAUCUUCUCUUCACCACAUUUCUCAUUGUUUCACAGUAUCGAUCUUCUUGAGUCAAGGAAUGACAUCUUCGUAGCUGCCUUUGCACCUUACAUCCAUUGUGUGAUUUUCGCUUUUCUCCUGCGCUGUUUGGAGAUGAGAUAUGGAGAAGCAGUUACGAGACUUGAUCCCGUCUUCAGGAUCCAGCAGAGGAGAGCAGUCACCCACCAGAACAGGGAUGUCCCCGGGGAGGAGCCCCCAGAAGUCCAGGCGGAGAGGGAGAGGGUGAGGAGUGUGAUGGACUCCCUGCAGCAAGAGGAGUCAGUUAUCGUGGUCAACAGUUUGCGAAAGGAGUACAAAGACAAGAAAGCCAGUUCCAUCUGCAAUAAAAAGAAGAAAGUUGCUGUCAAAAACCUCUCUUUCAGUGUUAAAAAAGGAGAAGUAUUAGGUCUGUUAGGACCCAAUGGAGCUGGAAAAAGCACAACUAUAAACAUGAUUUCUGGAGACGUAACGGUGACUGCUGGGGAGGUGCUGCUCCAGGGCCGGGACGCAGCUGCCCCCUCCCCAGGGCAGGGUGGCACGGGGUGCCGGGGCUGCUGCCCGCAGCGGGACCCGCUCUGGCCAGACCUCACCGUGCUCCAGCACCUGGAGACCUACGCUGCCGUCAGAGGCAUGAGGAAAGAAGGCACGACUGUCAUCAUCAGCCGCAUAGCAAAGGCCUUGGAUCUCCAGAAGCAUUUGAAAACCCCAGCUAGGAGGUUAUCUGCUGGAGAAGCCAGAAAGCUGUCUUUUGCCCUGAGCGUCCUGGGAGAUCCCACGGUGAUGCUUUGGGAUGAGCCAUCGGUGGGCAUGGACCUGAAAGGGCAGCGCCGGAUGUGGAAGGUGAUUCAGGCUGCCAUGAAAAACAAGGAGCGAGCAGCCGUCCUCAGCACGCAGUACCUGGAAGAGGCAGUGGCCAUAUGUGACCGGGUGGCCAUCCUGGUGUCAGGGCAGCUACGGUACAUCGGUUCCCUUGAGGAUCUGAAAAGUAAGUUUGGCACGAGUUACCACCUGGAAGUCAAAAUGACGGACACAGGGCAAAGCGAUGCUCUCCACGCCGAAAUUCUGCACCUCUUCCCACAUGCGGCUCGGCAGGAAAGGACUUCUUCAUUGCUCAUCUACAAGAUACCAAUGGAAGAUGUGCUACCUCUCUCCCAGUCUUUCUCCAAGUUAGAAGCAGCUAAACAGCAUCUCAGGCUGGAGGAGUACAGCUUGUCUUUGCACACUUUGCAACAGGUGUUUGUAGACCUCACCCGGGACCCAGAGGAGCACAAUCUGGAUGCGGCAUGUGACGGGGCGGUGGAACAGAGACUGCUUCACCCCUGA